AUGUUAUUAACGGUCGCAACCCUUUUUUUUUGCAGUAGGGUUAGAUCAUCGAAGACAUUUAAACCUAAGAAGAAAAUACCAGAAGGUAACAAUCAAUUCAAUCUGAUGAAACACGCGUCAGUCUCUCUUGGUUCGAGCAAUCUGAGAUUUGCUGUUCGACUACCAAUUGGUGAAAAUAUCAAUGAAUGGGUUGCUUUCAACACUGUUGAUUUUUUCAAUCAAAUAACCAUGUUGUACGGCACAGUAACAGAGUUCUGCACCGAGGAAAGUUGUUCUAUAAUGUCUGCUGGACCCAAAUACGAAUAUCAUUGGGCAGAUGGCCUGACUGUAAACAAACCAAUUAAGUGUUCUGCUCCGAAAUACAUUGAUUAUUUGAUGAGUUGGGUUCAGGAUCAAUUGGACGAUGACACAUUGUUCCCUGCAAGAAUCGGUGACCCAUUUCCUAAGAACUUCUUAUCGAUUGUUAAAACAAUACUUAAACGGUUAUUCAGGGUGUAUGCACAUGUAUAUCAUACACAUUUCGAUUCAGUUGUUAGGCUAAGCGAAGAAGCACAUAUCAACACAUCAUUUAAGCAUUUUAUUUGCUUUGUUCAGGAAUUUAAACUAAUUGAUGAAAUAGAAUUGGCUCCAUUACAAGACUUUAUUGAUAAAUUGGCUGGCUAUGAAACUAAAAUAUAA